CCUGGAUCACCCUCGUCGUCGUUCCCCACACUCAUUUUAGUACAGAAUCACGCGGAUCAUGAAUCCAAAUCAUUGUGUCUUAUAAUCUGCCAUCGACUAGAGAAAACUCGCAGCCACUUUCACCUUGAAAUCCAAGUGACAAUCACCUGGUAUGGACAUCUGAUAUUCAGUACUUUCUGGCGACGACAAGUACACGCCGUACCACAUACAACGAAGCUUUCCCUCCUAUACAUAAUUCAAGUGAAGGCAUUACAAUCAUGGCAAACCCUUCAGACCCACCCUCCACCACCACCACCAGUACCACUCUCCACACAUCCAGCCAAACAGGAACAUUCAAUUUCGCAUAUGGAUCGAAUCUCUCACCCUACCAAGUCUCACUCCGCCUCCAAGCCAGUCGCGAAAGCAGUAUUCCCGUGGCCGUGGCACGAUUGGAUUCAUUCUCAUGGAUAAUCUGUUCACGCGGAUACGGCAACAUCGUUGCCCUUCCUCCACCUCCUCCACCUUCGUCCACCACCACUGCCACCAUCUCAGAUCCAAUCGCCACUCAAGUCUACGGAAUCAUCUACAACCUAUCGCCACGCGACGAGGAAACUCUAGAUGAAUAUGAAGGCCAUGAUCCAAUCCGUAAUCCAACUCCAACACCCAAUCCAUCUCCUUCAGAAGUCGAACGGCGUCGGAAACCGUUUCUUCAAGGCGGUUGGGAUUAUAAUAAACUCUAUGUCCCGGUCACAGUGACGAAAUGGUUACAGGAUCCGCGUGAGUAUGGGGUGGAUGUGUCGAGUGGAGAUGGAGGUGGGGAUGUUGUGACGGUGUCGGUCUACGUCGAUGAAUUGAGAACCGAGCCUGGAAUAAUCUCGUUCGAAUAUAUUGGUCGCAUGAACCGUGCGAUACGCGAGAGUGUGGCUUUGGGUGUACCGGAGAGGUGGGUGGAGACGGUGAUAAGACCGUUUGUUCCAAGCGGGAUUGAGGUUGCUGAUGAGCAGUAUAUUGGUGAUAGAGAUGGGUUUAUUGAGGGGGAAAAUGGGAGGGAUGUUAGAGAGGGGAAUGGGAGUCAGGUUACUCAUGUAGUCGAUGCUGAUGAUGAUGAUGAUGACACGAAGGCUGUGUAGGUAGGUGUAGAUAUGUUAUGUUAUGGGUUUAUAUGUACAUAUGUACAUACCUAGAUAUAUACAUAGAUGGAUAGACAGAUAGAUGGAG